ACUUCAAGGCCAAACACGGCUCCAGGGAAGAUGCAGCGGCCGGUGCGCCUGAAGCCCAUCAACAGUACCAGCACAACAGCCUCAUUCAAACAUGGCUCGCCUUACAGACCCCUCAUCUCUUCUCAGGAGAACAAGCAUUUGCUCAACAACACACAGAUGGACAUCAGGUCCCGCAGACAUAUGACUGCAGAGGACGUCUCCCAUGGCAUAUCCCCCUACUGCCUCCCAGUCAUCAACAACUUUGUGACACCAGUGCCCCCACUGAAGAAGAAGAACGACCGGGAAUUAAAGGUCACUGCCGGCAGCACCAUCAGAACACGCAGACUACGCCCUGCCACCUCCUCCAGUGGAUCUCAGAACCCCUCUUGGCUCAGCAGCUCUGUUUACCAGAGCCGAGUCUGUGUCAACAUGGUGUACUUUGGCAAAACGGUUCAUCUCUCCAAUGACUUAAUCGACUCCAGGGAUGAAGUCAAGGUGUUUCAGCAGCAUUGCGGAGGAGAAAACCUGUGUGUGUACAAAGGGGAGCUCCGCGAGGGAGAAGCCUUUCAGUUCAUAUCAAGGCGCCACAGAGGUUUCCCCUUUAGCCUGACCUUCUACCUGAAUGGGCUGCAGGUUGAACGGCUAAGCUCCUGCUGCGAGUUCAAACACAGGAGAGGCGCCCGACUUGGAGGAAGACAUGGAUACUUCGGCUUUUCCAACAUCGAGGGGGCUUCUCCUUGUUACAAGUGCAUCAUAGAAAUGGGCCUGGAUAAAAAGCCCUCUCCUCCAAAGAGGGUCAUUAGAGAUCGGUCAGAAGUAAAAUCAGCCACUAGCCUUAAAGAUGAAACUGAAACACCCAUUAAAGAGACCACAGACAGAGAAGAGACAGAGGCUGUGGAGAGCAAAGUCAAAGAUGAUUAUGAGGAAGACUUUGAAGCAGACGAUGAAGGCCCUGUGGAGGAAACAACUCUACGAGAAGAGAAAUCUCCAUCUCUGUUCAGUGAAACUGAACUACCGGACCAGGAAAAGGAUGCCUCUCAAGCUGAAGAUGAGGAGGACGACAUUGAAAAAGGGUCUAGCUCAGGCUCCAGAAUGUCAGGCAGCGAUGAGGAGAGCGAUGGUGAAGCUACUAAGCACUCAGAAGAUGACGAGACAGAAGACACGGUUAAAGAGGAUGGCCAACCUGAGGCUGACCAGCAGAAACCUGAAGAAACUGUUGCUGCCAGGGUCCAAUCUGCUUCUGUCAAUAACUCCGACAUAGUUGACAGCGCCAUGGACAGCACAGGGAUUGAAAUCUCUGGUACCAGUGUUUCCAUGGGCAAUGAGGAUAAACUGAGCAGUGACACCUCAGAAGAUAAAGAAAGGGAGAAUCCUGGGAAUGAGACCAAAAUCGAGUAUGAACAGGAGAGGGCCAAAUCUGUGCAGGAGAAGCUGGCAGAAGCAAUCCUCAAUGUAUCCCAUUGCAGCUCUGAGCCUGAACUGAGCGACACCACUACUGAGGAGGAGGAGGGGCCUGCACAUAAACUACCUAGAAAAGAAAAUCAAGAACAACUGCAGACACCCGCAGAAGAGGCAAAUUGUGAAGAAAGUGUAAGAGAAGAAGCCGUAGAAAAAGAGUUUCCAGAAACAGAAGAGGAGAAUGAGCCGGACCAUGGCGACAACCCCCAGGAAGAGAGAACCAGUGAGGCUGUGGAGAAUGAGGAGGCUGCAGAUUGUGAAACCACAAGAGGGGAUAAGUCAGAAGAACAAGGGAAAACUCAGCCUACUGUUGAUGGAGAAAAUGUAGCACACGAUGACAAGAUAGAGGAUCCCUUUGAGGGAAGUGAGUCUUCAAAUGUUGAGGCUGCCAGUAACACUCAAGAAAAAGGGGGAAAAGAUGCAGAGAAACCUGACAUUUAUUAUGAUGAGACAGAGGAAUUGGCAAAAAGCAAAGACGAGGAUGACUCAUCAGUGUUGGAGCAGAGUGAGCAGAUGGAUAAAACAGCAGUGGCAGAUAUUGCUGAGGCGGAGGCAACAGCUACAACCGAGACAAAGGAGAUCAAAGCGGAGUCCUCAGAGGAGCGAGAGGCCCUCAGCCGUGAAGAGGUACCUGAAACCGGCAUCGACAAGAUGCAGGCAGACAGCGAGGAAGCUCGAGUCACAGUGGAGAAUUUACGCAUAUCACCAGAGGAGUUUUGGGAAUCCACAGCUGAGAGAACAUCAGAUAUGCAUGCGGAAACUGUGAAAACCCAGAGCAGUUUUGAUGAAAUGCAUUUAGAAUCAAAACAGCAAGCAUCAAAAGCAGAUGAUGGAGAGGGCGAACCUGUGGAAGUCAAUGAAGCAGCAGAGAUACAAACACUUGCAAACUCUGAGGAGAAAACAGCAGAUGAAAAUGAAACGAAAGAAAUUCCUGAUGAAAGCGUGGCUGCUGAAUCCAUCAAAUAUAAGAAAACCCCAUCAGAAGGGACAGAAGAUAUCCCAGGUGAGGGCGAUGAAGAUGGAGUUACAGAGACUGAUACAGAGGCUAAAGGUGAGCGAGUUAAGGUUGCAAUCGAUGGGGAAGAACUUGAAGCAAAGAGAGAUGAUAAAGGUCCGGCAGAUGCAGUGGAUAGUAAGACAAACAAAGCUUUACAAGAAAAAGAUGAGGAAGAGCGACAAUCAGAGGAUGUUGAGAAAGAAAAAUGUGAAGAGGCUAAAACUGAUGAAGUAUGUGGGGAUGUAAUUAAAAACAGUAUAUCAGAGGGAAGGGAGGCAUUGGAGCACACAGACGAACUUGAAAAAAUGCAAGAUGGCUACUUGGAUACAGAAAAUGUGGAACUUUUCCCUGAAAAUAUUGCUGACUCUGAGAACGCCAGUGAAAGCAAAGUGGCAGAUGGGACUGAGACGCAUGAGCAGACUCCAGAUGUUUCACAAGCUGGGGCUGGUGAAGGAGAAGUAGAGAGGGAAAGUGAAAAAGGAGAAAUCAACACUGAAAAUGGGGAAAGUUCUGUCGCAGCUGAGCGUGAACCUCAAGAGGAUGAGGAAAAUGCUCCGACAUCUGGCGAAGGAAGACAGACAGAUGAGCCAGAUGAAGAAAACAGGAGCCCAGAGAAAAAAAUAGCCGUGGAGUCUGGAGACAAUGCUGAAAACUUGACUGAUCAAGCCCCAGAGAUCGGUAUCGCAGAGAGCGAUGCUAAGGAAGCAGAUGGUGUCAGGGUGAAGCAUGGUGAUGCUGUAAACCUGGACUCUGAGCCAGGCACAUCAGAAGCAGAAAGACAAGAGGAGAAAAGUGGAAACGGGGAAGCUGAAAACAAAGAGUUCAAUUUGAUCCAAAACACUGGGAAUGAUGCGGCUAAGGUUUAUACUUUACAUAAAACCUCUUCAGUACAAAUAGCUGCUGAUGUAGAGAAAACAACUGACCAAGAUGAGGAAGGGAAGCUUCAGUCUAUUACUGAAAAGCCCCUUGAAACAGAAGAGAAUGGAGAGGACGUAGAGGAGGCAAGCAAGGCCUCAGAGGAAGGAGCAAGUGUGCUGCUCAAGCCUCUAACGCAAAACAAUGCUGUAGUUAAGGAAAGUCCAGAGGCUUUAGCUGGAGGUGACAAUACAGAUAUGGUCACAAACUGGAUACAAAUGCACCAAAUGUCAAAGUUUUUUGAGACUUUUGUAGAGCCCUUAGAAGAACUGAAGGAAGAUGUUCCAGAUGCGCCAGUAUGCGAUCCAAAUGGUGGAGAAAACGAUUCUGAAAAGCUUCUAAGAUCAGAGAGCCCGAUGAGAAUGGCAGAGGACAAAAAGGAGCCCAGAGACGUAACUCAGAUAAAGGCUCAGGAGAGUCAUGAUCAUGAGCAGGGUGAGAAAGAGCUAGUGGAAGGUGGACUACAAGGCAGUGAGGAGACUGAAGAGAAAAGCCUGGAACUAAAUAAGUUUGACAGUGGGGGAUCAAAGGCAGAAGAGAAAGAAGAGGGAAACACUGCUUUUAGAACCGACGGUUUCUCAGCCUCUCUCAAUGCUGAGGAUGAUUUUGAGAAUCAAAAUAUUGGGUCCGCCAACAGCAGUCUGGAGCUGGUUGUAGAACAGGCGGCAGCAGAUCUUCCAUUUAAAACAGACAAAUUCAACUCCCUGAACGGAGAGAAAGACAAAGAGAACACAUCGGACAACUUAAAUAGAGAUGGAAUUCAAAUUUCACAAAUAAUAGAUUUUGCAACAUCUAACUCAGCUGAUGGAAGAGAAGAAGUAUCUCAUAAUGAAGAUAUCCAAACUAAAUUAUUAGAGCAAAGGUUCAGUGGAGAGACCAGAGACAUCCAACUCAUUGAAGACAUCAGGCACACUUUGAGCAAAGAGCGCCUCAGCACUUUUUCUUUGUUUGCUCAGUCCUCUUAUCCUUUACUGACUACUUCAAAAUCUGAAGGAGGGAAGUAAUGCUAAAUUGAUAUAUUUAAUUCCAAAUUUGAGAGAACUUUGUUUAAAGCAGGAUAUGUACCUAAAUUAUUAGCAAUUACAAUGUAGGUUGAGGUUAAAAAGAAUCCCUUAAGUGCCUCUUACUUUCUGCAUGUAUAUUAGAAUGAGCUAUCAGAUGGCCGUCACUGCUAAUUUACCAGGAAGAACUCGCUGUACCUUGUGUUUUGACUGCUGGGCACAAUAUUUACAAUAGACCCACCUCUUUUCAUUGUUAGUCACAAUGUGGCAGUAUCAAGUACAGUUGCUAUCAUCUAUUACCUGUAAAAGGAUCCACCCCUAGUCCCGCUCACGGAUGAUUAAAUAAUUCAUAGCUGUCAGACUCCCGCAUCUUUGGCCGACCUCCGAUGCACUUUAGAUUUCCAACCCGGGGGGUACGAGCAGGGCGGCUUUCAUCAGAGGUCUGUAAUUCAAACUGGUAAUGGCCGUUUUAGUCAACACUCUGACAUGAUUAUCCAGAGACAUUAUCAGCAACAGGAGACCGCUGAUGAUGAUUUGCUUGUUGCUUGCUGAUGAAGUGAAAUAUCAAAAAGACCCAUGUUGCUAAUACUUAGCUGUAUUUUCUGAUAGGCUUUAUUGUUUUAUUCUUCUGUAUAGGUGUAGUAGUGUUUAGCUUCAGCAUUUUAUGUAAUAUCUUUCCUUGUACAGAUUGUGUGAAUAGGCCAACAUGACAAUAAAUUUAA